AUGAGAUCUCGUGUGUUAGUGACAUUAUUACUUUGCAGUGGUUAUUCUUUAGCUUCAGAUACAACACAUGAUAGCACCUCUGAGCUUUUGGCAAAUUUUGAUAGUUUGAAUAAUGAUGGUGAAAAAGUGGAAAUACAUGGUCAAAAUGAUCAAGCAAGAGUCGAUUCAGAUAUAAAGGGUUUCGUUGAAGCAUAUGCUGGUGAGUUCCCAAAUGAGGACGGUAAGCUUGAUCUUGGGGUAAAUAUUAAUGAUAAAGAUCCAUUUUUGCUCGAAAGUGUCUCGAAAGACCCAUCUGUUAUAGCUGAGGGUGCAGCUGCUAAUUCACCACCACAUGGUCCUGAUUUUUUUGAAAGUAUAAAUAGAAGACGUAAAGGUGGCUCCUCUACUUCUAAUGAUCCAACAGUUGCUACUCCUGAUUCUGAUAUCAUCACCUCAACUGAAAUAAGAUCAGUCAAACCAGGAAAUAUUAUCAAAAUAUCACAUGGUGGGAAUUUGAGACAUACCUCAUUACAAGAGACAUCUGUUGAAAAAAUUACCUCUCUGAUACCACCACCAACUACAACAAUUGAGCCAGAAGUACCAUCGCCAACUUCUGUGGAAAACAUUCCUGCUCCGCCAGUCGACUCAUCAUUGGCAGUUCCUAAAGAAAAUAUACCAGCACCAACACCAGAAUUACCCCCACCAUCACAUCCAUCACAUCCAUCACACACACCAUCCGAUAUUGAAAGUGUGAAAUCAUCAACAAAAGAUCAUGCUACUACAACAACAACAAAGGAAAUCAUACCUGAGCCUGUUUCUCCAAUCCCUCCGGUUGAACAAGUGGAUGAGAAAACUAAAUUGAGUAGUGAUCCACCAGUAAAUAAGUCAGAUCAAAAACCAGAAUCAGUUUUACUGGAACCACCAACCUCUUCGGCUGAACCAAUUAAGACAACAGAGCUGGAAAAGGUUUCAACAACAUCUACACUGAAAUUAGCUCCAACUCUAGAACUUCCAAAAACAGAGGCUCCACUGAACCCCAUUCCUACUCCAGAACCAAACCAUGUUCUGAAAGCGCCUCCAAACCCACAUGUAUUAGAACCAAAGAAUGAUAAUAAUGGUGUUAGUCUUGAAGAAACAAUCAAAAAUGUUCUCGACAUGCACUUUAAAGAUCUUUUACCAAAAGUUUCAUCAUCUUCUAACCUUGAAGAAAAGAAAGACCCACAGGUUGAUGAAAUAAAGCCUCAGGAAAUUAAUAGUCCAAAAGUUGAAGAAAUACAGCCUCAAGAGAAACGAAAUCCGUCAAUUGAAGAAACCAAGCUCCAGGAAAAUGGCCCAAUAGUUGAAAUGCUAUCAAAUUCAGAGAGUGGUAUAAAUGGUCUUGGUAUUGAGGAAAAGGUCAAGAAUGUUUUAGAUAACUAUUUCAAAGCACGGGAACUUCUAUCCGCCAAACCUCACGAAGUUAGCAGUCCAGAACCAGUAUCCAUUGUCACUGAAAUCCAACCUCAACUGUCUGAUCCUGCUCCUGCUCCACAACAGUCUUCAUCUAGCACAAAAGCUAUACCAGAACCUAAAGUCAUUACCAUUACUAAGACAUCAGGACCCAAAACAACACUUUUGCCGACAGUGACACAAACAUUUUCACAACCUUCAAACCCAGAAAGUAAUGCUGAAGUGGAUCCUACUCCAGAGAAGGACUCUAAUGAAUUUAGCUUGGAGAAGAUCCUCAAGGAAAAUUUUAAGAGUGAUAAUUUAGACAUCGAGAAGUUGAAAUUACUUUUGGGAAACGUUCUAAACUUGGAUGAUAAUACAGGUCAGGAAGACUCACCAGAAUCUCUGGGUCUCUCUGAGCCUCUGAAACCUUCUUCUUCAGCUUCAUUGCCGGUUUCAAAUAAUUUAAGAGUAAAUGAAGAUUCUUUGACUGACUCAAUUGUUGAUUUUGCACAACUAGAAAAAGAAAAUCAAGAUAGUGAUGAUGAGGUUGAUGAAAAUGAGAAAGAUGAGGAGGAAAACAAUGAUCAAGAUGAUGCUGCUGAAGUUGUAUCUGAUAUAGAGUUGAGCUCUGAAUCUGAUGAAAAUUCUUUGGAAAACUUAGGUCUCAAAGAUCUUCUUGAUGAGAGUAGAGAGGUAAAUAAGGACAGAAAAGGAUCAUUCUUGGAUACUGUGAGAAGAAUACCGAAGAACGUUUUUGAUUUGGUGGAUGAGCGUCAUGGUGAAGAGUUCGGAUUCAAAGAUCACAAAGAAGAUGAACAGGUUGGUGGAAGAGAAUCUAAAUCCAAGAAGAAAAAGCCAAAGAAUAGCAAGGAGAAUAAGGCACUCAAGGAACAGGCAAUAAAAGAAGCUGCAUUGGAAGCUGCUAUUGAGGAGCAUACAUCUUUAGAAAAAAUUGCUAAAGGCGAAGCUAAUGAAAAAUCUAAGAAACCUGUCAUGGGUGAAGGUAAAGGUGAUAAAUCUAAAGCUGUUGCAAAAGCGGAAAAGGCUGAAAGUGGUAAAUUUAAAUCAUCAAAAAGUGAUGAAUCAUCUGUAAAGAAAGUUGAAGAAGAUGAUGAAUAUAAAGAUCUUCUGAAAGGUAAAUUGGUAUUUGGAUUUGACAAAAAGAAGAAAAAAACCUCAAGAAAACUGGCAAAGGCAAAAUCGCAGAAUUCCGAUAGUGAAGGCACUGAGGAUUCAGAUGAUGAAGUUGAAUAUUACAGUCCAGAAGAUUAUUUGUUUACAAAAUCUUCUGUUGAUGAUGAUAAUGAUGAUGUAGAGAUUGAAGACUCCACAUCCAAGAGUUCAAAAACAAAGAACAAAAAUAGUGGUGGAAGUUUAAGAGAAAAUGUUGAGAAAUUUACAAAUGGUACUAAAUCACCUUUAACUAAAGUAUUAGAUCUCCUUGAAGAAGGUGAUAAGAAAUCAUCUUUACAUAAUGAUCCUUAUUCCAUUCCUAAGGUUCCUGUUGAGCAUUUAGCAGAACUUGAAAAUGGUAAAAACAAUGGUAAUAGUACCAAAGCAUCAAAUAAAACAACUGGGAAGUUACCAUUAUCUUCUAAAACCGUACCACUUUCAGGUGAUAAAGAUUCCAAAAAUCCAUUAGACAAAUUCAAAAAAAAUCCUUCGCUAUUAUUUGAUAAAGGUAAUAGUCAUGAUGUUGAAUCCUCAUUUGAUUUUACUAAAUCUGAAGCCACAUCUAACAAGGUAAUUUCAUGGUCCAUAAUGGGUGCGGCAGUUCUGAUUGCUAUGAGUAUGGUUCUUAUAUGA